GAGACUGCGGGUGGGUCUUCCACUUUCCGGUUUGUCUUCCCGGCCCGUAAGUGCAGGAGGCUCUGCCUGCUUUCGUGUGGCUUUUGGCAUUGGUAGUUGUGAAGAGUUACUGCUAUUACUACAGCCCUCAAAGUUUCAGAUGCGAAUUGCUAAAUGCUGUCCCGGGUGCCGGUAUCAUCCAGGUUCUCCAGCCCAGAUCCGCUCUUUGGUGAAGUUGCCCCUGAAAUCAUCGAGGACACACUGAUCCACCUGGCCAUGGAGAAUGAGCGGCACCUCAGCGUGCUGCCUGACCCUGCGGGCUGCUUCAGGGAGGCACGUGCUGUGGAAUUUAUAUUCCUUCUGUCUGAAAAAUGGCACCUGGACCAACCAGCAAGGUAUCAAGCAGUAGAGCUACUUGAAAGGUUUAUGAUCAAGCAAGUAGAACAAAUCUGUACGUCCCCCAGACAGAACGUUACAGGUGGUGAAGAAGGCAGAAGCCAGAACUCUCUGCAAGAACUGAUCUAUGACACAUUUGUCCUACGGCUGGUGUCGUGCAUUCAGCUUGCGAGCAAACUUUCCUUACACUAUAAUGCAGUUAACAGUGACACAGCUUUAAAAUUUCUGCAAUCCUUAAAAUACUCAUACACUAAACAAGAGUUGCUUGAGUCAGAGCUUGCUGUUUUAGAAACUCUGCAGUUCCAGAUCAAUGUGUCGACUCCACUGGCUUACAUUGAACUGCUUCUGGAGGUUUUAGGACAUAAUGGCUGCUUACUUCCUGCAAAACCGCUGCAUCAGAUGUGCACACAACUGCUAGACUUCUUCUAUCUUAGAAGAGAUACCAUCUAUGACACUUUACUGAGUAUUGCCAUUGAGAAUUUGACACCAAGUGAACUGCAGAUAGCAAAGUUCUUGAUAGUAAAGGAAGAUUUAAUGCUCUUGGCAGUUGGAAUCAUCAGCACAAGUGCUUUCAUGCUAAACCCUGAACACUGGAAGAAGGUUGUGGACCAUUUAAACUGUAUUACUGGCAUUACUUCACAAAGUAUCUCAGAAUUUUCAUAUGCAGUGCUGAAACACAUUAUUGGCAGUAUCACUCCGAAACAGCACCAUAGGAGGUAG